AACGUUACAUCGAACCGCGGUGAGUCACGGCACAUUUAUUGGCUUUUAUUUAAUACAUUUCGCGAUACAUCUCCUUCAAUAUAAGUUGAUAUUUGGACAAUUCACCGGGGUGCCAUCAGCAGAUCCUCGAAUUUUGUCUGCCGCCGCCAUUAUACCACCGAAGAAGGGGUACCAUGGAGACCCAGUCAGUGUACAUGUGCUUCCCCUGCUACAAGGAGUUCAAUACCCUGGAAGAGGUACUCAAGCACCAGGUGACAUGCACGGCCGAGGAGGACCAGGGGGAUACGUCCCGCGUUGCGCCUGUUAUUGUUCCGAUGCUCCAGACGCAGCCACAGUUAACACAAGAGACCCUAGGCACACAGAUCCAAGUGCAAUUGGAACAAUUGCCUGAACAACCUGUUGAUGAUGCAGAGCAGAAGACUGAAGUCAUGGUGCAGGAGGCCGAGCUCAGUGAAGAUCAGUUGUUGGACCAACCGCGAAUCCUUUACCAGUGUGGGGACUGUGAAGAGCUCUUCAAGAGCCUGGACAUGUGGCAGCAUCACCGCAAAGAAGGCAUCUGUCUGAGGACCGUCAUCGUGGGCGGGCCUGACACAGAGCCACAGUCUUUUUUGCAACCCGAUGAGCCUCAGCCUAUGGCUCAGGCUGUUUUGAAUGACGACAAGCCUGCUGAAGCAGAUGGAUCGGCGGUCGUAGAGGAACCGCAGCAAGUCGGCGAGACUUCUUCAGGCAACGCUUCUGAUCAGACUGCUCCUGAGGUUGUUAAAUUGUCAUCUUCACAAGAAGAGUCCUCUGCCAGGAGGAGAGGCGCAUUAAAGAAGCCCAAACCCGAUCCUGUGCUGCUUUGCGUGGACUGCGGCUCCUGCUUCGGCCUCGUCUCUGAACUCGUGGCUCACCGCAAGACUCACGGCUUUGAGGAAGCUCUGCAUCACUGCACGGUGUGCGGUGAAAGCUUCCUUAACACCACACUUUUCCUCUACCAUCGCAAGCAACACAGGCAAAAAGGCGAAGGAAGUGCCACCUUGGCGACCGGCCUGUCGGAGAAAACGCACUUGCAGAGUAGCGUGGUGGACGAGCAAGCACCGAAUGGCGCUCAGUCAGCCUCUUCGACGCAGCGCACCGAGCUCUUCUUGUGCAUUCAGUGUGGCGCCAGCUUCAGCGAUGCUCCCACGCUGACCGUGCAUCGCAAGAUGAUGCACGACCUUGACAAUCCGCUCCACAGUUGCUCCCACUGCUCGAAGACUUUCAUGAAUACCACCCAGUACCUAUAUCAUCGCAGGCAACACCGUGUUCUGGAGUGUGGACCAAUAGAUGAAGGAGAAACUGCUGAUGAGAUGGUGUCUACACUUGAGGAAGCGGAGAGCUCAAAGCGUCCUCUAUCCUCGCCCAGCGCCACGAUGGAGUCUGAUGCACCGGUCGCAAAGAAGAGCAGGCCAGCUUUCAGGGUCAUCAGCAAAGGAAACAAAGAUUCAGGCUUAAAAGAAGACGCAGAGGUUGCAAUGACAGUGGACACCACAAACCUUCCUCCGCCUGCUAAGCUGCUGCAGGACUGGUCCCGCACUGCUUUGCCUCACGUGUGCCCCUACUGUGGCAAAACUUUCACCCGACGCGUUUUCCUGCGCACUCAUGUCUAUAGCCAUACUGGAGAAAAACUCUUCAACUGCAAGGUGUGUUCAAAGUCCUUCACGAACUCGCAGAGCCUGCUGCGUCAUACCAUGACUCACAGUGGAAACAGGCCCUUCUGCUGCGAUGUUUGUGGCAAAGACUUCACUCAGGCUGCUACUCUCAAGAGGCACCAGCUCAUUCACACUUCGAACCAGCCUCGCCGCAAGCGUGGACGCAGACCGAUCUGUGCUCCAGACAACGACGGAGUAGAUGGUCUCUUCUCGUGCCCCCUCUGUCCUUCACACUUUAACACAGAGGAGCAACUCAACCAUCACAAACUUCUUCACACCAGCAACCCGUUCCCCUGCCCGGAUUGCGGAGAGGCAUUCAGCCGCAGAAAGGACCUCGACCUGCACUCGCUCACCCAUCAAGACAAGGAGCCCGUCGUGUGUUCUCACUGCUCCGCCCAGUUCAUCAACGAGGCCGUUCUGGACAUCCACCAGCAACGCUGUACUGGUUCAGAAGAGGACAAGAACACCGGACGUGGGCGCGGACAAGGCAGAGGCCGCUCCACCGGACAGAUUGAGUGUGAUCUAUGCGGCCACCGCUGCAUGACCCAAGAGGGCCUGGACCUCCACCGACUGUCGCACACCGGCCAGACCCCACUCAAGUGCCCGGUUAGGCCUUGCCGCCGCCGUUUCAUCUCCAACAAGGCCCUCGAGGAGCACGUUCUGGCCCACUGUCAGGGCAAGAUGGGCAAGCCCAAGAACCGAGUCCGCUUUGAGUGUCAGGUCUGCUUUAAAGGAUUUGCCUACAACUCCACCUACCAAGUUCACAUGAGAACUCACACCGACGAGAGACCCUUCGAGUGCUCCACCUGCGGCAAACGCUUCCGUCAACUGCCCCACCUGCAGGACCAUGAGCGCAUCCACAGUGGCGUGCGGCCCUUUUGCUGCUGGAUCUGCGGCAAGAGCUUCAGUGUGGCGGCCCGCCUCACCGAGCAUGCUCGCACCCACAGCGGUGAGAAGCCGUACCCGUGUCCCAACUGCCCCGCCGCCUUCCGCUCCCGCUCCAACCUGGACAAACACAUCAGGCAACACGGCGACCAGGCCGCUCAGGCCGCUGAGGAAGUAGCCAGCGCCACUGAGGCGGCGCAGGUCCAGAAAGUGCUGGAGGGCGCCAAAGCACUCUCUGCACUGGCCACCACCACCACACAAGUGGAGGUAGACGACAAUGGCAUGCAGACCAUCUAUGUACUUCAGGCGGGCGAGGGAGGGGGCGAGGCAGUCAUGAUCCCCGCCGAGGAACUGAGCGGCUUGGACGGGACGUCACAGGUUGUCAUCUUGCCCUCGUCCAUGCUGGGAGCCCAGGGCAUCACCAUUCCUACCAUCACCAUGGAUGGAAGUGAGAUCACCAUGCUGGAAGCCACGCAGUCCCCGCAGCACUCUAUCGAGUUCAUUGUGGAGGAGACCAUAUGAGCAUUGGUUUGCAUGAAGAACUCUUUUUUUUUUUUUCUUUCUUUUUUCUUUUUUUUGUGUGUGGGGGUGUGUGCUCACUGGGUGAAAUUUCACAACUUGAUGUUUUUUGUCCCACAAAUGCGAUGCUCACAAUAUAUUAAGGAUGGAAAUUCAGGAUGAACCUUAAGUGCACUGUUUGUUUGACCGAAUGUUAGUUGGUGAAACACAUGAACUACUCAAUGUUCCUAAUGUGGAUGUCUUUAGUUAUUGACUUAUUCGCUGACAUUAAAGGCAAUUCAUUCACGGUUUAAUUCAUUUGAACUGGGAGAAGCUGGCAGUUUUGAUCGCUGCGGACCCUCCCAGUCUACAAUAGAUUGGAUAUACAGUAUACUGUUGUCAAUGGCAGCCAAUGAGUUUGAAAGAAUCCCUGUUGCGAAUGUAGAGACAGUAAAACGAAGGUCAGCUGUAAAGGUCAUAGUGCAUUUUUGGCUCAUGCAGAAUUUUUUUCCCCAUAUUCUGAACAUCAAUCUCAUUAGUUUUUUUGUUGUUGCUUGGUUUAGCUAGUUAAAUUUGUACCUUUACUCACUAUGCCUUAAAAUGAACUUAAACCUUAAUAGGUCCCUUAUAUGUACCAUCAUCAUUUCCUUUACUAUUUUUAACGCCACCUCCCAAAAUCUAUGAACAUAUUCGUCCUGGGAAAAAAAAUAAUGCUGGAUACAUUUAAAAAAAAAUAAUUUUUAAACCUUCAUUAUUUUGUUUGUAAUGGAUAUUUAAAACAAGCUGCUGAUCCUGUCUAUUUAUUUAUUUAAGAGACCCAUCCUCCAUCAUCUCCCCCCAACAUUUUCCCUUUCCAAAAAACUACUUUGAAAAAAAAUCUCAAAAAAAUUUAUUCUGCAUAAAUUUAGAGCUUUUAUUUAGCUUGUAAUUCAAAUCGAGCUAAUGAUCUUCGUUUUCAAAAUCAAUGCUACAGAUCCUAUGCUAACGUGUUACACAUGCUAAUCAUUGCAAUUGUGAGGAACCUCUGGAGAAAUUUGCCACUUCCUGUUUUGAAUGAAAAAUAUAGCUCUACCUAGCUGACAAAUUUAAUGAAAAAUAAGCAAAAACUUUUUAGUAAAAGAAUCAAGUGUUUUUUAUUUCUAGCUUUUCCAUUUUCAGCUCAGUGAAGGAACAGAUGACAUUUAAAAAUGCUUUUCACUCAGUUCCGACCGGUGUUCAUUCACAGAUGAAAUGGCUUGAAGUGAAAUUCUUGAGAGGGACACAAUGUCCCUUGGAUGGCUCAAAGGUUAAAUGAAAUCACAUUGUACAGACUUGUUUGUUAAGAGAAGAUCCGUUCAUAAAAAUGUCUCUUAAAACUCCUCAGCAGCAGAUCAUCCAGUGGAGAAGCCUUUAGCGGCCCCCGCUGUCACCCGCCUCUUCUGGCUAACAAGUGUGGGAGUGAAAUAGCACCCAGCUCAGCAGCAGUGGAAGUCAAGAGUGCAUCUUCCAUCAUCCCCCCCUUACUGUCACCAACCGAGCGAGGUGCGUGAGAAGUAGAAUUGUGUGUUGAUCAGCUUUAAUUUGGCGGGCAUUGUUAUUGAUUGUUUUUGUCCUCUAAUCAAAUGCAUUCUCUUAUUAAAAAUACAAAACAGCGUGACACCUGUGAUGAUUUGUGCUAUGUAAAAUGUUGUCGGCCAGUUUUGAUGGAAUUAAUCCAGUGUUGUCGCCGUCGAAAAUCAAAAAUAAUGAUCCUAUUCUCCAUCAAGAGUUUAUGGGUGCAGCCCACCCUUGUGAUUGCUGACAGGAGGGGGUUUAAACACAGGUGCACAUAUACACAUGUACGCAAACAAACAUAUCCACUCUGUCUUCGUUUGCUUCCGUGUCAUGGAAUGGAGAAACGCUGAUAAUAGAGAGGGGAACUCAAAUGGGGAAAUGGUGUGGGCUUGUGGUGCGAAAGGAAUCCGGCGACAGCAAUUUGUCUGCCUUUUAUUGCUUUCUUCUGAUGGUUUAAAAAAAUGCAUUUUAACCCAACUCUAUAAAAGAAGACCAUAGAAAUUUCACAUAAUAACAGUAACAAGAUACUCUGUUGAUUAUUUGGAAAACUAUACAAUAUUUCCUUAAUUAAAGAAUUUUAAUAUAUUUACACAUUUGACACAAUCAACCACUGGUGUUGCCAGGUGUGGGUAAAUCCAGUGUAGGGCUACUGCACCUUAAAACAUGUUUUGUUUUCUCCUUGAUAUAACUGUUGUUAUGAUUUGGUCUAAACAAAUAAAAGUUGAUUUGAUUUUAUUUGACUUAGAACACAUCCAUAACUGAACAGUAUGGACAUGAAGGUGACAAUGUUUUUUUAAGGUAACCUAUCGUGGUUCCUUGGUUUUAUUAUUUUUAUUAUAGUUAUUCUUUGUUCCGCAGCCCUUUUGAGCUCAAUUUGACCCCCUUAGAAUGCUUCAAAAUGCACCAAAAUCGGCAGGCAGGUCAAGACGGGUGCAAUCUUUGAUACCUAUACACUAUGUAGCGCCCCCUAGCAGUCAUUCUUUGUCCCGCCGACACUUUGAGCCCUACUUUGACCCCCUCAGAAUGCUGAAAAACUCACCAAACUCAACGACCAGGUGAAAACUGGUGAAAACUGAUAAAAUGUAAAAAAAAAAAAAAAAAAAUCAAAAAAAUGCGUAAAUGUGUGUAGCGCCCCCUAGGAACAAAACCAACAUUUCAUUUUUUUUUUAAGGUGAAAGAGGAGGUAACAACGCAAAGGUUUAAAACUUAGAACACAUCAAUACUACCCCUGUCCCCCUGGUAACGCCCCUGCAAUCAAGUAUACAUUUCGCUAAUGCUGGGAAGGUCGCGGCUCCGAUCUUGCAUCGCCCUCCUGCGGCUCCUUGGCGCUCCGCCUUCCUCUCUCUUCUCUGCCUUGGUAUCUGCCCUGCGCUCCGGUGCGGGCCGCUGGCUGAAUGCCGGUGGGUCGGCUGGAUGUCGCCUGCUCCGGCGGGGGGCCCUUCCCAGCCCUGGGGUUGGUGGGCCGUUUGGGGUCCCAUGGUGUUUCGCGCCGGCAGGGGGAAUGUGGUUCGUGGGCCGGUUGGGUGUGAGGGUUGGUGGUGCGUCCCCUCUUCCCAUCCCUGAAGGCCUUUUGAUGGGGCUGCGGGUGGCCCAGGGGACCACCCUGGAUCCCUAGGGGGUGGUGAUGGCCCUAUUGCUGGGCUGCGGGAGGAGGGAUGGGAUGGGCUGCGCUGGCUCCCCGCCUCCCCUUCCAGAUUGGCUGGGGAAGGUCGGGGGCUCUGGUGGUGGUGGCACCCACCCGGCAUCUCCAUUCGCCUGCGGGAAUAUCACGUUAGAUGGGACUCACGCAUGACUAGGUAAAAUUAGACACACUCAAGUAGGAAACCUCGGUGUCUGGAUUAGCGAAGAAACAGCAUAGAAUAGGUUGCCAACAUACUCACACUCGCAAAGGAUUCCCACAAAUACUGGGUUGUAGAUUUAUGUACACUUCACCCCUUCCAAUCACUUAUCUCUCAUACCCCCCCCCCCCCACAUGGUGUCAACUGGGAAUACAACUAGCUAAAGAUAGCUCAAACAUAUUCAUAGAGUAGGCAAAUUAUUGUCAUUAUGAUAGUCUUAUGACGCCGCUAUGAAAUAGUGUUUCCAUAUGUUCUAAAAAAAAAAAAAACUAAAAAUUAAAACAAUGAGGACAAUGAUUUAAAAGGACAAACGCAUACCUGCAUGCUGCUAUGCUUGUGACUGAACUGGAAGGAAUUAGGGCGGCAGCUAUCGAUUAUUUUAGUAGAUAAUUUAGCCGCUGAUAUCAACUAGUUAGUUCGAAUAAUGGAGUAAUCAGAUGACGAAAAUUUAAUGUGUUUCAGAAUAAAUUUUAGGAGAUGUAAAACAAAGGCUUGCUAGAUUUAGAUAUAAAAUUGCACUUCCAUUUCACAAGAGCAAUAAAUGCAUUAAAAAAAUAAAAUAAAAUACCUGAGCUUUGCCUCAAAUGGUAUUAAAAAAAUCAAUAAAUGAGCAUUUAAGAACAACUGGCUAACUUGCACGGCAAAAGUUUGCUUGCUUAAACGUUGUACAAUGCUAAGAUUUUUUUGUUUGUUAUACACAAUACUCUUAACAAAUCGUUUAAACACAUGUUCCCACAAAAACAAACAAACAAAAAAACGCUAAAUAUACCUAUAAACUGAAUUACGAAUGCUAAAACAGACGAGCUGGAUUCAGCCAUGUUAAAUGAGUUAUGUCAUAUUCAUUGUUGCCACUAGAGGGCAGUGUAUACACCCAAAUCAAUAAAACUAAAUGCAAACACUGUCAAAACAAACCAUUAGAACGCCACACUAAUUAAACGAAUUCUCGGAGCAGCAAAAUUUAAUUUGAAGCUUUUUUUCUAAUCGAAUCACUCGGUUUAAUCGUUUAAUCGUUGCAGCGCUAGAAGGAAUUACAUAGUCCAAUCCAUUUGAACUGGGAUGGCUAGCAACGAUCAUUCGCUGCCAGCUGUCAGUGGCUGUGAAUUAUUGUGAAUUAUUUAAAGUAAUUAUAGCUGAAAAAUGCUGUGUUCCUAACUACUAGUCAGUAUUAACAUAGCCACACAACAAAGUAAUGUUCUUGCCUCAUACAAAGCCAAACAGAUAUAAAAACAACGUUAAACCCCGCAGCAAAUAAUGACAUCCAAUGACUUUUACCACCACUUUGUUUGCUGCCAUUGCGUGUUCAUUUGUUAUCCAAUAAAAGAAUAAAAAUAAAUAAAUAAGUAAAAACACAAACCCACCUGUUAAUCUGAAUGGACAACAUCGUACGCUUAUUGGAACCUGUUUCCCCUGCAGUAAUAUGCAGCUGUCUAAUGGUGAAUUAGUUUUUUUUCCCCUUGAGAAGUGCUUCACAUCUGUGUUGCAUUCCAUAAACAUUUUACCACUCCUAUAAACUAAUAAUCCAGCUCAGGACUGUUGGACUACAUUUUACAAUUGGUAAUUAUGCCAGUACGCAUCUGGAAAGUAAUUGCAGUACCUGAGUUUCUCCAGAUUUAUUGGUUAGAAUGUUUUUUUUCCCCGUGUGAACAUUUAGGAAACAUAAUAGUGAUAAGGGUGUUCUGUACAAAUAGAAACUACGUACAGUGGGGCAAAUAAGUAUUUAGUCACCACCAACUGUGCAAGUUCUCCUACUUGAAAAGAUUAGAGAGGCCUGUAAUUGUCAACGCGGGUUAACCUCAACCAUGAGAGACAGAAUGUGGAAAAAAACAGAAAAUCACAUUGUCUGAUUUUUAAAGGAUUUAUUUCCAAAUUAGAGUGGAAAAUAAGUAUUUUGUUACCUACAAACAAGCAAGAUUUCUGGCUGUCAAAGAGGUCUAACUUCUUCUAACGAGGUCUAACGAGGCUCCACUCGUUACCUGUAUUAAUGGCACCUGUUUUAACUCAUCGGUAUAAAAGACACCUGUCCACAAUCUCAGUCAGUCACACUCCGAACUCCACUAUGGCCAAGACCAAAGAGCUGUUGAAGGACACCAGAGACAAAAUUGUAGACCUGCACCAGGCUGGGAAGACUGAAUCUGCAAUAGGUAAAACGUUUGGUGUAAGGAACGCAACUGUGGGAGCAAUUAUUAGAAAAUGGAAGACAUACAAGACCACUGAUAAUCUCCCUCGAUCUGGGGCUCCAUGCAAGAUCUCACCCCGUGGCGUCAAAACGAUGACAAGAACGGUGAGCAAAAAUCCCAGAACCACACGGGGGGACCUAGUGAAUGACCUACAGAGAGCUGGGACCACAGUAACAAAGGCUACUAUCAGUUACACAAUGCGCCGCCAGGGACUCAAAUCCUGCACUGCCAGACGUGUCCCCCUGCUGAAGUAAGUACACGUCCAGGCCCGUCUCCGGUUCGCUAGAGAUCA